AUGGCAGGGCCGUAUGAUCAACGGUGGGAAGAUACCCGUAUCUAUGGGUAUAAUCUAGAUGGUUCUCUCCAGACCUUCCCUCAUCUAGCCCCUGAUCUUGGCUGGAGCGCAUCCGCUGGAUUCGAAGGGUUCUUGCCCAACGGUGUACCUGUCACCUCCUACCUGUCGCCUUGCGCCCAGGUGAAUUCCUUGGCAGUGCAGGGGGGUUCUACUCGUGCCAUGCCAAUCAGCGUGCCCCACCAACAGAUCGCCUCAACCCCUAGAGUUGCAGCCUAUCCAAAUCUCUCCCACGGACCGGCUGUAAUUUCCCGGGGACGAAGCAACACUCGAAGCCGCGCUAGAAGAAGCCAAAUUAGCGGUUCGGCUUCGCACAGCCCAGACGAUCCCGAGUUUCAAUGCAAGUGGGAAGGCUGUGGCUACCUAGGCACUUUCAAACGAGAGUCCUCCCUCAUUCGCCACAUUCGGAAAAUACAUGUCACCCCUCUUGCUCAUCCAUGUCCAGUGCAAGGGUGUAAGAAGGCUUUUAAUCGUGCGGACAAUCUAAUUCAGCACACACGAAACAACCACUAUACUUACUAG